UGGCAUCGCAAUUAACCUGCGCGCACUCGAUUCCAGCACUUAAAUUGUCAGUUCAGAGUGAGCCACCGAGAUGCAGUUGUCAGUGCCAACAAUUUUUUCCGUCCUGGCAAUGGCCAAUUGUGACUGGAUCCAGCUGCCCCAGGUGGAAACGCAGAAUAUCGACCUGAAUCCGCAGCCCUCCAAGGCAACCGAAAAGAACCAGCUAAACAACAUCACCAUCGACCCUUACUACCUCUCGAGUCUGCAGUCUCUUCACCAACAGCUGCGGCACUCAAUUUGGACGCAAAAGGAGGAACCGGCAACGAUGAAAGAAAAAGUUACGUAUCUGCACAAACUGAAGAACAGAAUGCUGCGACAUAUAGCCGAAAAAUUGACGGAGCUCAAUGUCGUGGGAAAGAGAAACAGCAGACGGAGAUUUGCCAGGGAUCCAGGAUGGAGCAGCUCUGGGGGCACAAGCGAUAUUGGCUUUCCCUCACUAGAAGUGGCCCUUUUAACCCUUUCAUUUCUCGUGUUUGCCGUGUUCCUUGUUAACAUGGUUCUCGUUCUGUUUUCCAACAUCUUUGGAACAAACACAAGCACUGCAGCAGGAACGACAGGGACAGCAAUUGGUCGGCGCCGAAGGAGUUUGAACGAGGAGGCUAAAAUCGAGCAGACGGCCAGGAUUCUCAAGGCUUUGGAGGACUUUCCGUUAAAGAGGGAUAAUGCCUUGAGCCACCACUGCAAUGUUAAUAGUUUGGCAGGUUGUCAAGUCGAAGCCUCUCCAAUUCCACAGAUUGCAAGGUUUCUGUUGAAAAUGAAACUGUGAGGCGUAUCAAAGUACAUUAUGGACGUCUCUGUUUAUUAUUUAUUUUAGGGCUAGUUAAAUUAUUGAUGGAUAAGUGUUGAGAUAUUUAACGUUGUAAAAAAAGAUAUCAAUAAAUC